AUGCAGAUGUUUAAGAUGGGUUUUAAAAUCAUUUUUUAUGAGGAGCGAAACUUUCAAGGUCGCUCCUAUGAGUGCAACACUGACUGCCCAGACAUGCACCCUCAUUUCAAUCGAUGCAACUCUAUCAGAGUGCAGAGUGGCUGCUGGGUCCUAUAUGAAAGACCCAAUUACUCUGGUUUCCAGUAUGUGCUAACCAGAGGUGAAUAUCCAGAAUACCAGCACUGGAUGGGUUACAAUGACACCAUUCGCUCAUGCCGUACAUUUUCCUACAAAACUGAUGGAUCCUACCGCAUCCGGAUCUACGAUCGGCCAGAUUUCCAAGGUCAGAUGAUCGAAUUCAGUGACGAUUGCAAGUCCAUUCGUGAAAGUUUCCAGUGCCACAGCGUUCACUCUUGCAAUGUCAUGGAGGGGUACUGGACCUUCUACGAGCACCCCAGUUAUCGAGGCCGUCAGUAUUUCAUGCCUCCCGGCGAGUAUCGCAAGUUCAGUGACUGGGGUGCUGUGUGUGCCAACAUCGGCUCCUUCCGCAGAAUCACUGAUUUUUAG